CUUCUACAAUCUCAACAGCGAGCGAAUCCUCAACCCCACCACUCCCCGCAGCCACCACCACAAUCCCACUGAACCUCUCCCGUCCUCACCUUCGCAAUGGUCCACCCCAAAAGAAAGUCUAAACGAGUGCCUGUGCGGCUGCGACACAAAAUAGAAAAGCGCAGCGCAGAGAAGCAGCGGAAGGAGCGGAAGCACGCGAAGAAGCAUCCGGAACUGCACCGCAAGAAGCCCGCCGCCUUGAACAUCCCCAACAGCUUCCCCUACAAGGACCAGAUCCUGUCCGAGAUCGAGGAGGCUAGGAGGGUCAAGGCCGAGGAACAGCAGAAGCGCAGAGAGCAGGCGAAGUUGCGCAAGCUGGAGCUUAAGGGUGCCGAUGCCGAUGCUAUGAAGGAUGUGGAUGAGGAGGAGGAUGAGGAGGAGGACGAGGAUAGCGAGGGCGACGACGAGAUGGACGUCUCGGAGAGCGAGGAUGAAGAGAAGGGAGGAAACAGUGCCAUGGCGGCUUUGCUAGCUUCGGCUCGGGCACGCGCAGUCGAGUACGAGGAGAAGCACGGCGACACGAGUGACGAGGAGGACGGCGAAUCGGAGCAAUUCCAGCGAGGAAACAAGGACACUUCGCGGAGAUCGUUCGACAAGAUGUUCAAGCAGGUUGUCGACUCCGCCGAUGUUGUUCUCUACGUGCUCGAUGCCCGCGACCCAAUGGGUACCCGUUCGCGCGAGGUCGAGAGACAGGUCAUGUCGAUGGACGGAGGAGAGAAGCGGUUAAUUCUCAUCUUGAACAAGAUCGAUCUCGUACCGCCACCAGUACUGAAGGGAUGGUUGACUUAUCUGCGCCGAUCCUUCCCCACACUACCCCUUAAGGCCAGCAAUGGCGCACCGAACGCACAAUCUUUUGACCACAAGGCCUUGACGGUGCAGGGAACCGCAAGUGCUCUCCUGGCUGCGCUCAAGUCGUUCGCGCACUCCAAGCAGCUGAAGCGAUCUGUCACCGUCGGUGUCAUCGGAUACCCCAACGUCGGAAAGUCAUCGGUCAUCAACGCCCUUACCGGUCGUCUUGGUGGAUCGGCAGCUGCAUGCCCCACCGGUGCCGAGGCCGGUGUCACCACCAGUCUGCGCGAGGUGAAAUUGGACAAGAAGCUUAAGAUCCUGGAUUCGCCCGGUAUCGUUUUCCCUAGCACGGACGGCGCCAAGGGCCCGAAGGCGGACGAACAGGCUCGUCUCGUCCUUCUGAAUGCGGUGCCGCCGAAACAGAUCGAUGAUCCCACCGGAGCCGUGCAAUUGUUGAUCAAAAGAUUCUCGACGUCCGAGACGCUUUUCCAGAAGCUGCUUGACGUCUACGGAAUACCUCCUCUGCCAAAUAUUUCUCUCAGCGAACUUACAAAGAGCUUCCUGAUCGAGGUAGCGAGGAAACGGGGUCGGCUAGGAAAGGGUGGUGUGCCGCAUAUUCACAGCGCUGCGAUUGCCGUCAUCAUGGACUGGCGAGAUGGAAGGAUACAGGGUUGGGUUGAUCCUCCGCUUGCCACGGCUGCUGCCACCGCCGGUAUCAAGGCUGCUUCCUCUGGCACCAUCGAGGCGGAUCAGAAGGAGGUUGUGAGCCAGUGGAUGGAGGAGUUCAAGCUGGAAGGAUUGGAUGGGUAUGAUGACGAGACAAUUGAGGUGGAGAUGGAGGGUUGAUCUUUUCUUUGGCUCCAUUAAAAAAAAGUACUCUGUUUUGUAUGGGAUGGCGCCAAUGAUUUGCAUUUUACUGUACCUAUCGGAUCUAUGUCAAGUACACCUCUAAUCGACCUGUGCGAUUAAUCUGUGAG